AUGAAUAAUUUGAGCUCCAAAAAAUUGGAAGAGUAUUAUGAUAUACGUCGUUUUGCAUUUAUUACCAUUAUUAUAUCAACGAUAGCCGUAACAACAUCUAUAUUUACUAUGCCAGUUUUAUUUAACUAUGUUCAGUAUAUUGAAAGUCCCAUGAAUUAUGAUAUUAGUUUUUGUAAAUCUAAAACAGACAACAUUUGGAAAGAAAUUGUUACAGUACAAGUUCUUUUAAAUUCUGAUGGAAAAAAAUUCAAAAGAUAUGCUCAAGGUGUAUUUACAGAAUCAGUUGCUACUUUUGAUAAUAUACCAACUGGUGGUGGUUGUUGCGGAUGUGGGGUUUCAAUGCCUGGUUUGCAGGGAGCACCUGGAGUACCAGGAAAAGAUGGAGCACCAGGUCCAGAUGGUAUGCCAGGACAAGAUGGACCAGAAUUGUUAUUAUUUCAAUUACCACUUACAAACCCUGAUUUUUGUUUUGACUGCCCAACUCCUUUACCUGGUCCAAUGGGUAAGCCAGGACCGAAAGGCAAACCUGGAAAUGAAGGCAGACCAGGAACACCAGGACAAAAUGGAAAAUCAGGUAUUGGAGGAGUUUCUGGUAUGCCUGGUCAACAAGGUAAAGCAGGACAACCAGGUAAUGAAGGUGCACCCGGUAUUCCGGGAGUUGUUAUUGAAGUUGAUGGACCAAUAGGACCUAUUGGAUUACCAGGCCUUCCAGGAAGCGCUGGAAUUGAUGGGCAACCUGGACAAGCAGGACCAGAUGGAGAACAAGGAAUGAUUGGUCUUUCUGGAGAUCCAGGAAGUAAUGGAGAACCAGGAAAACCAGGGAAAUGUGGUAAUCAAGGAGAACCUGGAGCACAAGGUGAAAAUGGAAGUUGUUCUCAUUGUCCAGUUCCAAGAACUGCUCCAGGCUAUUAA